CGUGAUGUCACAGGAUUCCGCUGACAUCACAGCCCUUCCUUGUUGUCCGCUGCCCUUACAGCCGCCAUAGUGAACAAGACCCCGAGGACGGCAGCAGCAUCCGAGCACACCGCCGCGCCGGACAUCAUUGACAAUGAGGGAAUGUAUCUCGGUGCACAUAGGCCAGGCUGGGGUUCAGAUCGGCAAUGCCUGCUGGGAACUCUUCUGCCUGGAGCACAACAUUAAGCCGGACGGCACCCUGGUGGACGAGAAGACCAACCCCAGCUCCUACGACGAUUCCUUCACCACAUUCUUCAGCGAAACCGGCAAUGGGAAGCACGUCCCCCGCGCGGUCAUGGUGGACCUGGAGCCCUCCGUAGUAGAUGAGAUCCGUGCUGGACCAUACCGCCAUCUUUUCCACCCUGAGCAGCUGAUAACAGGGAAGGAGGAUGCGGCAAACAACUAUGCCCGUGGCCACUACACCAUCGGCAAGGAGAGCAUCGACCUGGUGCUGGACCGGAUCCGCAAGCUGAGUGACUCCUGCUCUGGUCUCCAGGGUUUCCUCAUCUUCCACAGUUUCGGAGGGGGCACUGGCUCGGGGUUCACCUCCCUCCUCAUGGAGCGCCUCUCUGUCGACUACGGCAAGAAGUCCAAGCUGGAAUUUUCCAUCUACCCAGCGCCUCAGAUCUCCACGGCAGUGGUGGAGCCGUACAACUCCAUCCUGACCACCCACACCACCCUGGAGCACUCCGACUGCGCCUUCAUGGUGGACAACGAGGCCAUCUACGACAUCUGCAGGCGUAACCUGGACAUUGAGCGCCCGAUCUACGCCGACCUCAACCGGCUCAUCAGCCAAAUAGUGUCAUCCAUCACGGCAUCCCUGAGAUUCGAGGGGGCCCUCAACGUGGACUUGACGGAGUUCCAGACCAAUCUGGUCCCCUACCCUCGUAUCCACUUCCCUCUGGUCACCUAUGCGCCCAUUAUUUCAGCCGAGAAGGCGUACCACGAACAGCUGUCUGUAGCCGACAUCACCAACUCCUGCUUUGAGGCUUCCAACCAGAUGGUAAAGUGCGACCCCCGCCAUGGGAAGUAUAUGGCCUGCUGCAUGCUCUACCGGGGGGACGUGGUGCCCAAAGACGUCAAUGUGGCCAUCGCUAACAUCAAGACCAAGAAAACCGUCCAGUUUGUGGAUUGGUGUCCUACAGGGUUCAAGGUCGGCAUUAACUACCAGCCGCCAACCGUGGUCCCCAGCGGUAACCUGGCCAAGGUGCAGCGUGCGGUCUGCAUGCUCAGUAACACCACCGCCAUCGCUGAGGCCUGGGCCCGGCUGGAUUACAAGUUUGACCUGAUGUAUGCCAAGCGGGCCUUCGUGCACUGGUACGUGGGUGAGGGCAUGGAGGAGGGGGAGUUCGCCGAGGCUCGAGAAGACCUGGCCGCUCUGGAGAAGGACUACGAGGAGGUUGGGAUGGAUUCCUUCGAGGAGGAGAAUGAGGGGGAAGAAUAAUGGCGGCAAGAUCCAAUAAACCUGUGAAA